UAGCCGACGAGCCGAUUUGCGCGAUAGUUGUAAAGGGAGCUGGCAGUUUUCGGUAUUUCAAUUAUGCUGCACUGACUGCGCUAUAGAUAUGUAACACCAGCGCAAUUAAACCAGGUGUGCCGUACGUUUAAUCGGACUGAGAAUGUGCGUCAUUUAUAUGCGUGUAUUCACUUUGUUUCCUACCAUAUCUCGCACGGCCAGUGUGCCCCUUCGUACGCCCAUUUAAUACGAUAUAACGAUUCGUCUGAUGGGAGAGCCUCCUAAAGUAACGGGGCUGUCCCCAGUUGAGGGACCCCCGGGAACCAAAGUUACCAUUCGAGGUGAAAACUUGGGCUUGGAUCAAAAUGAUCUUCUGAAUGUUACCAUUUGCGGGGUCGAUUGUUCUAUGUACUCCGAGUGGAAAUCAUCGAGCAAGAUAGUGACUCGAACACGAGUUUGCACAGGGCGAGGCGAAGUGGUUGUCACUACAAGGUCUGGGGGUGUCGGAACAUGCACCGUAAAUUUCCGCGGAAUACUGGAAGUUAUAGGUCCAACAGUCGAGUCAGCCAUUUGGGUGGACGAGUCACAUCUCUUUUCUGAUGUGUUUGGCCGAAAGGGUCAUCCUGCAUCUCCUGCUCAGCUGCACCCAGAAGACCCACUUGGCAUCUCAGAUGAGUCCGUCAAACGGUUCCCAGAGGAAGAACUGAGACAGCUGUUUCCGGAAGGUUCAGGAAAUCUGCUUUCUGAGAACUUCAAUCCCGCGUGCUACCUUUUGGAGAAUUACAACAGCACGAGUUUCAGUGACUUGAAAGCUGGGCUGCUAAGCUUAAAGCGGAAAGUUGGCCAGCUCCAGGAAGGUCCAUCAUCAUUUCUGAAGUCAAAUGUCAAUGCCAUUGUUGUUUGCCUGGAUGUACUUCAUGAGCUUCAAAAGGCCAUGGAGAAAGAUAAGCAAGAGAUGGGGUCCGACUUGACUGAAAAGCUUUACGAAGCUGUGACAAGAUCCAAGAACGAGGCAGAAAACAUCUUUGAAUCCAUACUGGCCAGAAAAGAUCAAGCGGAUUCCACACGCAAUGCCCUUGGAAUCUUGCAGAAGUUUAGGUUUCUUUUCAACCUUCCCGUCACCAUUGAAAAGAACAUCCAAAAGGGAGACUAUGACAUUGUUAUCAAUGACUACAAUCGAGCAAAGUCCCUAUUCCAGGAUACUGAAGUGGCUGUAUUUCGCAGAGUUUUUAACGAUGUGGAGCAGAGAGUGCAGAGGUUUCGCAAUUCGCUUAUGGACAGUCUCAAGCAGCUACCCAUGCCAGUAGACGAGCAGAAGCGUUUGAUUAGAUACUUGAUCAGCCUGGAAGUUCCUGGCAGUCCAGCGUGGGAUGCCGUACGGCACAACUACAGCUGGCUGUACGAUUCUGUGAUAAAUUGCAAGCAGAAGCAUAUAGCUAGCUUGGCCAGCGACAAUGAAGACGAACAGCUUGGAAAAUGUCAAGACGAAUCACAGCCAAAGCAAGUGCUCUUUGUGGAGGAGGUUACAGAGCUGUUUCAGAAGCAUUUCUCUGAUUUCUGGAAGCUGGGUCAAGCGUACUUUGCUGGAGAUCUUUUUGUCUCAGAGAAUGUUCCAGUGAGCCCCAAUGACGAAAAGGAUUUCAAGGAUAUGCUGGGACGACUUGUAGCCAAGCUGUGCUGGGAAGUGCGCGUUGCACUACUACCACCAUCACACCGCUCAUUGGCUGCUGGCUCCCUUGUUGAGGAGUCUGAAGGGUCCAAGAGCAUUUGGCCAGGCCACACUCAAGGAGAACGUCUUGGUCCAUGGUUGCCUCAGUGCCUUCGCUGCAUACGGAAGUGUUACCUGUCACUUCUGAAGCUGGAAAUACCCGAGGAGCACACUGCCCAGGUUCAGCAACUCAUUUUUGAUCUUCGUGUGCACUCAAUGACCUGUCUAUUCGGGCAAGCUGCUGAAGAUGUCCGAAAUCUGCUCAAAUCUGAGGUCUGGCGGCUUGAACAAGAUGAUCGGUGUGGAGGCACGACACAACUGCCUCUUAUGUUCGAGAACAGGGUCAUUGAGACCCUACAGCUGGUUCGUGAGAACAUCCUUGUGUCUGGGCCAAAGGAAAUGGAGGUAUUUGAACAAAUCAAUGUGCAAGGGGCCAUCAAGCAACUUGCACAGGGUGUGCUUCUGGCCUUUGUUGAGACGCUGGAAAAAUGUGCCUUGAGUCCCGACCGCCUUUCACCUAUGAUUGACUCUAUUGGGAGCCCUGUUGAAAUAAUGCCUCCAGGUCAACGAGCCAAGAACUGGAAACAAAAACGAGAAGACUCUUUGACAACUCCACCAUUGGAGAAACGACUGCUCAUAGUCCUCAGCAACUGCAGUUUCACAUCUCGGGUUGUGAUUCCAAGGUUACAAGAGAGCUUCAAGCGACAUGGUUACCCUGACAUGUCCCCAGUCAUAAAGAUAGCCCUGUCGAGAGUUAUGGAACUCGACAACAAACUGUUUCAAAAGCUUCUUGAAGCCAAGUGUGACCCCAUUGUGGGGGCGAUUGAGCCCAGUAUGUAUGCUGGUGCCUUUGACUGGAAGCGGUGUCCUGAACCUAUGGGAGUUAGUCCAUACAUCAAAGAGGUUCUGAUGAAUUUGAUUGAAGUUCAUGCAGAGGUGUACACUAUUUCACCACCACUGGUUGGCCGCAUUAUGACACCCUUGGCGCAGUGUGUGGCAGAAGAAAUAGCUCGUAUCUAUGAGUGCACAGAGAAGUUUACUAGAUACGGAAACAUGCAGGCUACUCUUGAUCUUCGAGCACUUGAGGAAGCUGUGGAUUUCUACAGGAACCAAAGUACAGGAAAUUAUUUUAUGAUAUGCAGAAACAAGUUGGACCCUUUUGGUAGCACAAGAGAAAAAGAGUUAGUCGACGAACUUCUCGAAAAAUUUCGUGCACAAAUGAGGCUUCAGUUGCUCUGCUUCAAGGAAGAUGUUGUGGUCAGUGUGUGACAUAUACCACCGCCAUAAUUAUUUAUUUCUUUAUUACUGGCAAUCAGCGGAUGGCCCUAAUCGAAGACGUAUUCGGAACUUGCGUAAUCUUGCGAGUUCAAAGUACAUAGCUGCGAAGACGUAAAUAAAAUAUUUUGAAUAA